AUGAGUAUAAUUCGUGAAGCUGCUGAGCUUGACCACAUUACUGUAAAACUGCAGACUAUGAAACGAAGCGCUUCACGCGACUCUCCAUCUAGAACAAGUCAUUCGUCGCGCUCACGUUCUACGGCUAUGGGACGGGGUACAUAUGAUAAUGGAGGUCUGCCGGGUGAUUCGCCGGAACGUAUGUCUCCAGAUCGAGUAAGACGCCGCGUUGGCCGUUCUCCUAGCCCUCGUUCUCGUUACGUCGGAGGAUCUCCCCAUCGGGAAGAGUAUAUUCGAGGGGCACCUAUGCCUUCGUCUGAUAGGCCAUCUUAUAAAGUGUUAUGUGUAUCAGCCUUACAUUCUAAAGCAUCCGAUGAAUUCAUUAAGGAGACUUUGUAUCGUGAAUACAAAAAAUUUGGAGAUUUCAGCAUUAGAAUUUCCCAUGACUUGGAUGAAAGGGUGGCAUAUGUGUGUUUCCGCACAGCUGAAGAUGCGAGAGAAGCUAAGCACCAUAAGCCCCGCAUUGUUCUGUAUGAUAAAGUUGCGCUGGUGGAGCCAGUGUACGAGUCUUCCGGUCGCGGUGAGCAUAGGGCACGAGGGCGUUCAAUAACACCUCCAGAAUAUGAUCGCUACCAUUACUCCCGAGUUCCCGUUCCUCCACCUGGACCGCCGGAACACCGGCGACCUCCAUUGGAUCCUUACGAUAGAUAUGGGCCACCGCAUAUUUCAUCCCAUCCUCAUUCUAGAGAAUACCGCCCCAUACAUCAUGAAUAUCCUAUGCCACCUAGAGGACCACCAAUACAUCGUGGCCCUCCACACAUUCAUGGGCCACCACCUCAUUACGGUGGUCCACCUAGGCACCUUGGUCCAAGACCACAUGUACCUUAUGAAAAACCAGAAAACAAAAAAGAUAAAUUUCCCAAUUACUUACAUCAUGUCCAGCCGGAGGAUGACCCACUUGCAACACGCACACUUUUUGCGGGCAAUUUGGAAGUAUCGAUUUCAGAUGAUGAAUUACGGCGUAUUUUUGGUAAAUAUGGCAUCGUGGAUGAUAUUGACAUCAAGAGGCCUCCACCUGGCACCGGUAAUGCAUUUGCUUUUGUGCGGUACCAAAAUUUAGAUAUGGCACACAGAGCGAAGUGUGAAUUGUCUGGACAGUAUAUUGGAAAGUUCCAAUGCAAAAUUGGCUACGGGAAAGUGACUCCAGCCACUCGUAUAUGGGUCGGUGGUUUGGGUGCAUGGACAUCUGUAACACAACUCGAAAGGGAGUUCGAUCGCUUCGGAGCCAUCAAGAAAAUCGAGUAUCAAAAAGGAGAUACAUGCGCAUAUAUUCAAUAUGAAACUGUAGAGGCAGCAACUGCAGCUGUAAAGGAGAUGCGUGGAUUUCCCUUAGGAGGUCCUGAAAGAAGACUUAGAACCGAUUUCUCGGAGCUCCCAGGCGUGACGCCUACAGCUGCUCCAUUUAAGCCUAAAUACGACGAAGCUGCUGUUCCAGCUGCAGAAUACCGGCGGCCUGAAUAUGAUUAUCAUUAUGAAGAUCCACAUCAUCACCACCAUCAUCAUUAUGCCCCUCGCGGGGGAUACUCGCCAUAUCCGCCGCGUGGAUCAUAUCGUGGCAGGGGAGGGUACCGCGGUCGUGGUCGGGGAGCUUACCACUACCCCAAUGAUGUACACCGUCCUAUACAUCCCAGCGCAUUAGCUGCAACAUCAACAUCGACCAUUCCUCCGCCAGGUGGGAUCGAAGAUGAAUGGCGUCGCCCGCCCGGUGAGCCUGGGUUCGAAAGAGGUCGGUCGGGUUCUCGUGAAAUUAGGGCUGAUCGUUCACGCUCGCGAUCUCCACAUAAGCGAACACAUUCUCCGGGAUCUGACUCGGAUUCGUCACAGCGUCGUAAUGGAUCAACAUCGUUAGCAUCAGCUCGAGUUCUUUCAGAUGUAGCGCGCAAAUGCACAGUUGUUUGGCAAGGCGCCCUUAUUCUAAAGAGUUCUCUAUUCCCAGCUAAGUUCCACCUUACAGACGGCGACGCCGAUAUUGUGGAGUCACUAAUGAGAGACGAAGAGGGGAAACAUAAUUUACGAAUUACUCAACGCUUGCGACUCGAUCCGCCGAAAUUAGAGGAUGUUCAGAAACGUAUUAGCUCAUCAUCGUCUCAUGCUAUAUUCUUAGGCUUAGCUGGCUCUACUGGAACCACAAAUAAUUCCGAAGAUGGUUCUGUGCAAACUAGACCUCUACGUAACUUGGUCUCAUAUCUCAAACAGAAAGAAGCCGCGGGCGUAAUUUCCUUGCUAAACAAAGAAACAGAAGCCACAGGAGUCUUGUAUGCAUUUCCUCCUUGCGAUUUUUCGGCAGAUCUAUUGAAGAGGACAUGUUCUUCUGUCAGCGAGGAAUCAUUUAAAGAGGAUCACCUUGUGGUUGUAGUUGUUAGAGGAGGAACCGCUUAA